AUGCACUUUUCCACUCCAGUUCUCACCCUCCUCGCCAUUGCUGCCGGCGUCCAGGCUGGCGGCAAGCAGCACGAGCCCCCAAUUCACAAGAGGAGUGUCUCCGCUCAGGCCACUCCUGUUAGCACUGGCGCCCACCCCAUCGUGACUGGCACCCCUGGUGGCGGCGGCAACGCCACCACAGGUGGUGGCGCCAGCUCUAGUGGCGCCGCCUCUACUGGCGCCGCCUCUAGUGGCGCCGCAUCGGGUUCGGCUGCCAGCAACACCCCUGCCCUCCCCAGCUCUACCGGCUUCGUCCCCUCCAGCCCUGGUAUCAAGGUCUCCGUUCCUCAGCUCGGUAUGAUUGGCGCUGGUAUCGGCAGCGUCGCCUACGGUGCCCUGAUCUUCCUUGCCUAG